GACCUAUAACAAAGAUCAAGUUUGUAAACAGUUAACAGAUCUAUGUAGUUUCGUGAGUGUUUCGAAAAAAUUACGAAACCAGUUUCAAAUUUAUGGCACGGGAGAAGGGCUCAGAUAUGUAUUUAUGUGUGAGAAUGAUGGACUUGUAAUUCUCAUGCAAACAUAAUAUGCGAGCAGUAAUAACGACUUGUUUUUCUGAACGAUUAAAAACAAAGGAUAUGUUUCAAGCAAGGCUACCAACUGGGCUCUUCGCAAUUUCCAGUAUUUAUCUCCUUUUAUUUCUUAACCACAGUCAAAACGCCAAUAGUUUUGUAAGUGCUUUAAAUAACAUGGAAGCUUUGCAUAGACCGCACAGACCUCUACCAGCAGCCAGUGCGAGACUCGCUAUUCACUAUAAAAAAGUUCAUCCUGAAUUAUCGGACAUAUUAGAUGAAGAGGAUUUAUUUGAUUUGUCAAAGCGUUUAGUAACGGAUGAUUAUGGCCACUUAAGAUUUGGGAAAAGAGGAGAAGACUUUGAUGACUAUGGUCAUCUACGAUUUGGACGCGGAGGAACAGAAAAUAAAUGAAGUUCCACAAGAUUCAAAUACAAACUUUAUACUUAUACCAUAAAGUAAAUAAAUUGAU